AUGGCUGACUACACGUCAGCAGCAACAUUACCUACAGCAGCUGCAGAAGGUACGGAUGCCGCUGAGGGCCCCUCUCUAAACUGGUGGCAGCAACGGCAGCUGCACGUCCUAGCAUCUGCGGAAAAUUCUGGGGUCGUUCUGCUUCUGGGUGGUGCCGAAGGCUCCGCACCACUGCGAUGCUCCGUCCUUCUGCCACUGCUGCUUUUGCAGCACGGCUGGGCCCCACAACCCACGCACCACUCCUGGCAGCAGCAACACAUCCUAGUUGCUCUAGAGACAAGCUCUUCAGCAGAGUCUGCUGCUGCUGCAGCGAAGGUUGAGGGAGGCGGCUGUUAUGCCUCCUGUGUCACUACACACAAAAGCAUCCUCGGAAGCAGCAGCGGCAUUAACAGAGACUGCAGCUCUCCGCCUCGUUUAAUAUACCUUACAACGAGGCAGCUGCUGCAGCGGCUUCUGCAACAGCCGCUGCUUCCGGGUUGCUGCAUGGCAGCAGUCGAGGUGUCGCUGCAGCACAGUUUUAGCACCGAGCUACUUCUUCCGCUGUUGCACAAAGUGCGCCAGAAGAGGCCUGCGUUGCGGUUACUGCUACUCCUGCCCCCUGCAGCAGUGCAGCCGCAUUGGGCCCUUCAACUGGCUGAGUUUUUUGCGACAGGUGAAGAUUCAGUUGCGUUGGGAGCCGCAGUGAUGCCGCAGGGUGCGGUGGGGGCCCUUCGGGCUGCAGCGCAGCAGCAGCAGGAGCUGCUACUCCGUUUCCUUGCUCCCAGGGGGGGCCGAUGGGACGUGAAACAUCAGAAACAGAAGCAAAGACAGCAACAGCAAGUAAUGACGCGACAAUCCUCUCUCAGCCCAUUCAGGAAACCAGCAGAAGCAAUGACACCGCCAGCACAUGCGGCAGGCGGUAUUGAGUUGUUAGAAAUAAGCAGUGGCAGUAGCACUAGUAGAAGCAACAGCAGUAGCAACAGCGUCUCGUGCGUCUCCUCGGACGAAGUUAUGGUUUUAGGCGUCACCGUAGCUCAAGGCGACAAUUCUCGGCGAAUCUCCAAGCGGAAAAAAACCGUAAAGAAGGGCAAAAAGAAGCUGCAGCAACGCCUCAGAAAAGUACGACGGAAGCUUGAGAAAAUCAGCAACAGCAGCAGCAAGAAAGAAAAUAAGGGCAACCGUUUAGUGGGAGAAGCUGUUUGCUUGCGAACGGAUACGCUCGCUGACUCUUCGCGACCAGCCCAGUUUCUUCACGAGGCUUCGCAUGCAGUACAUCCGGAGGGGAGCAGCAGCGAAGAGGCCUCCCCAGUGCGGCGAGCAAAGCCGUCACCUGGUUUAACAGUGCGGAAUGACGAAGCGGCGGAGGCGUCGAGCCGUCAAAAGCCUUUUGAGCUCAGUAGAAAUACCAGUAGCCACAUGACUCAGCAGCUCACAACGUCCCCCGUGGCCGAAGAGUCUUUCAAGACAUUCCCCCCCUCUAAGAGGUCGCUAUCAGCUGUCUCUAUACUUUCUCUCGCCCCUCCAACUCAUCCAGUUGCCGUUCGCUACCUCAAAACUCCCACACCAAACUUUAUCCGCACAGCCGCAGCUGUCGUGGCGCGUCUUGUUGCUCGUGUUGCGGUGUCCCCUUCGGAGAGUUCCUCAGUCGGCUCCAUUUUUGUGUUCGUACCAUCGGCCGAAGACGUGGCGGCUCUAGCAGGCGCGCUGCAGCAACGCUUGCAGCAACCGACUGAGCUUCAACAGCAGCAGCAACCGCAGGAGUCCCCGCCCCCACCAGUAGAGAUUGUCUGCCUCGCCCCAGCGGUGCGCGUUUUCAUCUCGUCGGCUGUCUUCCCGCCCUGCGUUCCGCCUUAUGCACUGGCUGUGAAGUUCGUCGUGGACUGUCUGUAUACACGAAGGACCGUGUUUGAUUCCUUUUUGCGGCUGAAUCGAAUCUGCAAUGUUCCAAUUAGUGGGGCUCUCGCCGAUUUGCGAGCUUCUUUAGCAGGAAGGCUUGCAGAGGGGGGUUGCUGCUACCGGCUCUGUACAGCGGAUGCCUUUGCUGUUGGUUGUUGCCGGGGGCCUGCUGGAUUGGCCUCAGCUUCCUCCACUGCCCAUGUGAACGUCUAUGAAGAGUUUCCUGCCUCGACUUUGGAGGACAUCGCCCCGCUGCUCCUUCGGCUUAAGGCGUUGGGCACACAUUCCCAGCAGCGGUUGCCGCUGCUGCAGCCCCCACCUUCUGCUGCUAUUGCUGCAGCCGCUGAACAACUAUUAGACCUGCAGGCAGUAGACGAGAGCGGGCGCAUAACCAAACCCCUUGGGCGGAUGAUGAGUCAAGGAAUACUUUCCCCGGAACUGACCCGGCUUCUCCUAAUUUCUGCAGAUAAGGCGUUUGGCUGCUCGAUCGAGGCUGCAGCCCUCUGCGCCCUCCUUAGCGGGCCCCCCGUGUGGCAGCGGUCUGCGUUGGAGGGCUGCGGUUUCUUAGCCAAGAAGGCCAAUAGGGAAGGGAAAUGUCCGCGCGCCUUGGAAGCACGACAGCACCUGACGCUGUCUCGGGCUGUGCUGGGGGCAAUAGAGGGAGAUCCGCUGACAGCUUUGAACGUAUUCAACCGAUAUGUAGACCUGCGAGGGGGACUGCAAGCCUCUCCUCCGGGCGCUGACGUUCGCCUUUUGCCUCAACGUGGCCCAAAGGACGCACAGGCAUACGUAUCGGCUCUACAGACUGUUCUUGUGUCUAGAGCUGUGUUUAUUUCAAUAUUCAGCCCUGCAUCGGCAACUGCCCCACCCUUCGUAAUUCAUCCAUCUUCUGUUCUGGCAAACUGCCUGCCUUCGUUUGUAGUGUACGGACAGGCCUUCAUGCGAAAUGGCUGCGUCUACAUGCAACAAGUCACAGCGAUCGAGCCACAGUGGUUGGCCGAAGUCGCUGGGCAUUUGUACGCGGUGAAGACAUAA